AUGGCUGAGGCCGAGCGCGCUGGCGGAGUACAGGGCGAUCUGGAGAAGGAACUGACGUGCUCGAUCUGUACCGACCUUCUCUACCAGCCGCUCACUCUCCUCGACUGCCUUCACACCUUCUGCGGCGCCUGUCUGAAGGAAUGGUUCGCCUUUCAAGCCUCGACCGCCACAUCGAUACACCCGUAUACCUGCCCCUCAUGCCGGGCCUCGGUGCGCACCACGCAGCCCAAUGCCACUGUCACAACGCUACUUGAUAUAUUUCUAAAGUCGAACCCCCAAAGAGGCAAGAGCGCCGAGGAGAAACAGGCGGACCGCAACAAGUACAAGCCGGGUGACAAUGUGCUGCCGAAACUGAGGCGGCGGGAUGAGCGCGAUGACGCCGACCAGCGCAUGCUUGAGGAGGCCCAGCAGCUGAGUCUGAGGGACGUAGGCAUACCGAGUAGCAGCAGGACCAGUCUAGAACCACCGAGAGAGCGUAGGAGGAGGGACAGAAGUCGCGAUGGGAGCAGGGACUCUCGCAGGGCUCGGGACGAAAGGCGCUCUACUAGCCAGACCGCCCCCGGCGCAUCACCAUCGAGGGCCGUCAUCCCACCCCGGGCCAUCGAACACCAGUCGAGUCUGCGCUCUCUUCUGAGUGCUUCCGAUCUCGACGCCGAAGACGUCGACGAGGAUCUUGUGCGGCAGGUGCUGGAAGAGCUAGUGUCUGAGGGUGUGGAUUUGAACCAGAUUGGCACUGCACAAGAGGAGGAGAUUACCGAGAGGAUAGCUGAAGCUGUGCGACGGCGGCAGGCAGAGCGACAUGCCGAGAGACACCGCGAGAGGAGGGAAAGGAGAGAGCGUUUGGCAAGAGAGGGCUUGAUGAGCUCGUCAUCCUCAUCGCUACUGCCCCAACCCGUGCGCAGCCCACUCACGCGCGAUGAGGAGGCAGCACGCAGGAGAAGGCAUGGCCGUUCAGAAAGUGGCGCAUCGACCCCCCAGACGGCAGUAGGACCACCCAUAUCCAGACCUGGUCUCAUCGACGCCGCAAAUAGAGGCGGGCGAGCACCGCGCCAGCGAUCAUCCAGCCAGGGAAGCUCUCGAUCAGCGAGAAGGGCAGAGCGCCCUACACCCGUGUCAGCCUCUGCGACCUCCCAGAACAACAGCAGUGGCGAGCGCCAGUCGUCCUCGGAACAGGCUCGUCCAAGGCCGCGCCGCCAGUCCGACAAUCAGCAAAGGAGUAGGCUCGACGUUCGCGAGCAGUUCCGCAUCAGCCUCCACGCCAAUACCAGCACACUCAAUACAGUCUCAAGUCCCAACUCACCACACAGCCUCGGUUUCGACCUACCGACCAACAACAGCCCGACGAGUUCUCUAGCUACCGUUGGUACUCCAGCUGUCCCCUUGUCUUCCUCUACCCCCGCCGUUACGCCAUUCCAGCCUCCUACAUCAAGACGUACAACCGAUCCCAUCAGAGCCGGACUGCCACGGUCCUCCAACAGCAAUACUCCUCCCUUAGUAUCACCCCCUCCCUUCCCUCGCUCCACCACCGAUCCGACCGUAAGCGAACCUCGAUCGAGACAUGCUUCUGGCUCAUCACUAGGUGCUCCCGUUCUGUACACCGAGCCGCACGUAGCAUGCCAGCGCUGCGGAAAGAAUGACAUACAGUACGAGCUUCACUACAAUUGUGCACGUUGCGAUGAUGGGGAGUACAACAUAUGUCUCCGCUGCUACCGCCUUGGCAGAGGAUGCAAGCAUUGGUAUGGAUUCGGCUGGACUGCUUGGCCACGAUACGAACGGGAAGCGCCUGAAGGUGGCUAUCCGCCCAAUCAUCAGCAUCCCCAUAUUCUCGUCGGACACCGGUAUCGCAGGCCAAUGACACCCUUGACUGAAUCUACAACACCGCCACAUGUACUUAUGAGUGAGGAUGAUCCCAAGCAAAGGGUGGAAGUUGGAGUUUUCUGCGACAUUUGUAAGGCGUACGCCAACGCCUGCUACUGGAAGUGCGAUUAUUGCAACGAAGGCGACUGGGGCUAUUGCAACGACUGCGUUAACCAAGGACACCAUUGCACACAUCCACUUGUUCCUGUCGCUCGCAAGACAAGAGACUCGCAGUCGGUUACCGAUACCACUCCAUCCGCGCCCUCGACACCACGUCAAGACGGACAUCUCGCUCCACCAGAUCACGAUGCAGUACCCACAACUCCUCCGUUGACGCCCAAAUCGGCAUCCCUCAUGCGUGGGCCUGGUUACUUCACAAUCGCAAACUCCAUCUUCCGCCCUCUUACCUUCACAACCUUGUGUAACAUUUGCAGUUACCCCAUCCCGCCAUCAAAUACAAGGUAUCACUGUCUGAAGUGCAAUGCUGGAGACUACGAUAUCUGCAUGAGCUGUUAUCACAAACUCGUCGUUAGCGGUCGCAUUGCCAAGGAAGAUGGCGUAAACGGAUGGCGCAAGUGUCUCCGCAGUCAUCGCAUGUACAUUGUAGGAUUCGAAGACCGCGGUGGCGCACAACGACGCAUGGUCGUCCGCGACCUUGUAGGCGGCUACGCACUCAAAGAGGAGGAGGAGAUGGCAAGAGUACAGCGUUACCCGCCAGACGGUGGCGUAGGCCUUAGACUACUAGCUAGAUGGGGUUACCUGCCUGAUGAAGGCGUAGAAGACGAGCUGUCUUUUCCUCGAGGAGCAGAAAUUAGGGAAGCAGCUGACAUCAACGGUGAUUGGUACUGGGGUGUUUACUGCGGUAUUGGAAAAUUGUUUCCUGCAAAUCACAUCACAGCUCUAUAG